AUGAUGCCGCUACCUAGAGUGUUAUUGCAUCAAGCAGCAAGAACGUGGGCCCCCGCCCGCCACUUCCACGCGCUGGCCUCCCGUCUCCUCGACUUCGACCCUUACAAAACUCUCGGGAUCGAUAAGCUGGCGGACCAAAAGGAAGUGAAAAAGGCCUACUACCAACUCGUCAAGAAGUACCACCCCGACGUCAAUAAGGAACCCGACGCCGAGAAGAAGUUCCACAAGAUCCAGGAACUGUAUGAGCUUUUGAGCGAUAAGGAUAAGCGGGCCCAGUACGACCAGUUUGGCCCCAACGCCUUUGACAACCUGGGCAACGCCAACCCCAACAACCCGUUUACUGGCGGCGGUAACCCCUUCCAAGGCGGCAACCCCUUCGGCCGAGGUGCCGGCGGCAACCCGUUUGCGGGGAUGGGGUUCGACUUUGAAGACUUGUUUAAGGAAGCAUUUACCGGCGGCGGCCAACGUGGCCGUCGUGCUGGCGGCCUGGGGUUUGUCACCGAACAUGUGGGGGAUAACAUCGAGGUGCUCAAGGCGAUUUCGUUUAAAGACGCUAUCUUUGGGGCUAAGACUACCAUCAACUAUAACGCCGUCGACACUUGCCACACCUGUCUGGGGCUGGGUUUAAAAGCAGGUAAGCAGAAGAAGACGUGUCCCACUUGUCACGGUUCCGGGCAGCUGACCCACAUCAUCGGCGGCUUCCACAUGGCGCUGACGUGUGGCACUUGCGGUGGUCUGGGGGUGGUGAUCCCGUCGCUGGACCAAUGUGGCACCUGUCACGGUCGCGGGGUUGAAGAAGUGCCCAAGCUGACCACGGUGGAGUUCCCUCCCGGGGUCGCCGAUGGACUGAGACUUCGGGUUCCCGGUGCCGGUGACGCUCCCUUUGUCACUAAGGACGCCUAUAACCAGACCCGCCACGGUGACUUGAUCGUGCGGGUGCUGGUGAAGCCCGACCCCAAGUUCACUCGUCACGGCAACAACUUGGUGAUCAAGGAAGACAUUUUGAUGACGACGGCAGCGUUAGGCGGGGAGAUUGUGGUGCCGACCAUCGACGGCCAGAACGUCAAACUUAAGGUGCGCCCAGGGGUUCAAAACGGCCGUAAGUUGACCAUUCCAGAAAAGGGUGUCCCCAUCAAUCGCAACGUGAACAACCGGGGUGACUUGGAGGUGGUGCUUAACGUCAAGGCACUUGUGCCGGAAACCCCGUUACAGACGGCGUUGCUCGAAGCUCUCGCCGAUUCGUACGGCGACAAGAACGCUAAGCGCACGCCGGGCCACGAGUCUAAGCUCGACGUCGACGAUAUCGAAAAGGAUAUCGCCGACCUUAAGGAAAAGGACUGCCACCCGCUGACGCUCCGCAACUUUUUGGGUAAGAUCUUUGGCGGGCACAAGAAAGACCAGGAAUAG